UACUCGUCCGUCUUUGUAUCUCUUUAUUCUCCCGGCCGCCUUUGUCUCUCUAAAGCGAUGUCGGCAACAACACCAAUGCCUCAUGCCUUUGGAAGCGAACCCCGAGGUGGUGAAUCAGCUGCUGGCGCUGCUGGGGGUACGGGGUUUGCUGGCCAGGGACUUGCUGGGCUUGGAGGGCACUGACCUGGCGGGGAUCCCUCGCCCAGCGCACGCCAUCAUCUUGCUGCUGCCCCGUGCAGCCCACGACUCUGGAGAGGGGCAGAAGGGGGCGGCCGCCCCAGGUGACGUGUACCAUUGGACCCAGCCGGCCCAGACGCUGUGCGAUCUGGGUAUCGUGCACGCCCUGGCCAACAUCCCCCGCGCUGCACUGCGAUUGGACAGUGACUCCCCAUUCAAGAUCCUGGAGGAGACGAAGUCUCUGAGCCCCGCGGAACGAGGGAACGUCUCCAUA